UGUUCUUGUAUCUUGAGAAAAAUGAAAACACAGAACAGAUCUUCCGCCGGUGACGCCUCGAGGGGGUCCCACAUGGAGCGGAUGGGGCCAUUCUCUUUUCCCACGCCGUUGGAGGAGCUCACUCAGCGGUCUGAUAAGAUCUUCUGCCCCCAAUGGGAGGUCUACAAGGGGGACUCGAUUCGCAACACGACAGUUGGCCCAGCGUUGGUAAGCCGGUCCCUGCUGUCUCUGGAUCGCUUCCAGAUGUUGGGGAUGGCCCCUGACAAGUUGUAUGACCAAGGGUUGCAGAGGUUGGCCGAGGUCUAGCUUCAUUUUGUUGGUCUAGGGGAUCGGUUGAAGCUGGCCUUGGCCAAUAUGGAUAAGUUGGAGGCUGAGAAUGACAAGCUUCAACAGACUGUCGCCAACACCGUGGAGAAGCGCUAUGUGAUGCAACGGUUCUUUGCUAACGAACAUAAGUUCCGCAAGGAGGCCGAGGAGAACCUGAAGAAGACACAAGAUCUUCUUGCCAAGGAGCAGAUUGAGAGGGCUCGGGUUGAGAGCCUCGUCUCUGAGGCCGAGCGGCGUCUCCGUCAAGCCAAGGAGGGCAUCUCUGAGGUGAACAGGCGGGCAGCUGAGGCAGAGCGGAGGGCCGAGGAAGCAGCUAAGAAGGCUGUUGAGGCCGAGCAGAAGACGGCUGGUGCCAAGAAGAGGGCCCAGGAAGCAGAGAAGCGAGCUAGUGAGCUGGCUGAUGUCGCUUCCGGGGCUUAUUUGGACGGGAUGGAAGCAGCUAAGAAGGCUGUUGAGGCCGAGCAGAAGACGGCUGGUGCCAAGAAGAGGGCCCAGGAAGCAGAGAAGCGAGCUAGUAAGCUGGCCGACGUCACUUCCGGGGCUUAUUUGGACGGGAUCGAGGACACCAAGAAGGCACUCCUUGCGGUGCUUCCGGACUUCGAUGCUAAAUGUCUGAAAGUGAUUCCCAAUACUCCCGAAGAGGCUACCGACUUUGCACUUCCUCCUCCAGCUGGUCGUGAGGCUUAA